ACUGGUGUGUGGAUGACCUCUUCAGAAUAUAUAAAUGCAGACCCUGAUCCUAUCCGGAACUUUGCUGAAAAAAUUGUGGACGAGAUGAAUCUCCAACAUGCUGAAGAUGUUCAGCGAUUAUGCAAUGUUUAUGUGGAUUCAGGAUUUGAGGUAACAGAUGCAAAGAUGAUUUGGGUUGAUAGGCUAGGUUUUGACUUGUAUAUUUGUUCUGGGGAAGGAGUAUUUGCAGCUCGAAUCCCUUUUCCAAGAGAAGUAGAAGAUGAAAAGGGUGUGAAAUCAUCAUUUAAUUUCAUGUCUCAUCUUGCGUGGGAGGUUGAGAAGAAUUAUGUUGUUCCAGAUUUUGAGAAACUGACGUGCAUGAAGAAGAUAAGAAGUAAUCGACAAACCUCGAAAAGGAUGCCUCACUCACAGAUAUUUGAAAAAUAUCAAAAUGACUAAGGUUGCCCACAAUUUUCUUGUAAACAAUUUCCGCUCUUGCAUACCUACAUUGUCUAUUGGAAUCCCUUAUUUGAGAAUAUUAUCCAAACCAAUUAUAGUUUCUUAGUAGGAAAAUUCUCUGGUUCAGCAAGCU